UAGGUAUAGUAGGAACUAGGAACAGGGGGAGGCCCGCCGUAGGAGCCGUGCAGGACGGAGCCACCACCACAACCUCUACUCGACUCCGGCUCCACCGCAUCACCCAUCAUCCACCAGUCCACCACCGCAUCCGGCAGCGGCGCGCGGCGGCGGGGAAGCCGGGGGAGGUAGGCGGGCAGGCAAGCGACAGGAAGCAGCAGCAGCAGCAGCAAGAAGAAGAAGGAUCCGACGCCAUAAUGGUCAAACAACCACGACUCUUCUCCCCUCCUCUCCUCUCCCAGCUACUCCCUUUUCUCCCUCGCCUAGUCUCGCUAGUCCGGUCCUCCUCCUCCUCCUACCCCCUCCCCUGCUGCCGCCCUCCUAUUGGCCCUCCCGAUUUCCUCCUCCUCAUCCCUUGAACGACGCGGCGGUUGCUUCUUCUCUGAAUCCCAUCCAUCCAUCCAUCCAGGAGGCCGGCAGGGGCGAGCGCACCGACGCGUGACGGACUCGCCGCCGACGCCCUUCUCCGGCGGAAAUGGCCCAACAUCAAGGAGUUCCUAAAUUUGGGAACUGGGAGGACGAAGGCCAAGGCUACACGCAGUACUUCGAAAACGCCCGCAUGGGCAAAUCUCCGGGGAGGCCUGUCAACCAAAACGAUCGCAAUGAAGGCGCUGCACAGGCACCCUCGAACGACCCACCUUCGGUCAAGGCCUCCCCCUUGAGGCCGGGGUCCGAGCCGGGGCUGCGGAAGAACAGGGACGAAAGGCGUGCCACCCGAGAAGACGACCUCCAUCGCCACGAGGCCGCUGCCCGGAAAACGCAUGCCGAGUCACCUAACCACAGAUAUGGUGACCAGACCAACUACGACGGCGCUGCGAGGAAAGCAAGCAAUGAGAGGUCACCCAUCCAUCCUCGGCAGCAGGCAAGGCUUGCAAACAAAGGUGGGGUUUCAUCUCCUAUUGCGGAUCGUAGGGGUUCUGCUCCCACCACACCUGGAAGGUCCAAGAUGAGGCCAACCGGGCGCGGCGAUGAAACGCCCGAGAGAGGAUCAGCUGUGCCAAAGUUUGGAGACUGGGAUGAGAAAGAUCCUUCGACCGGUGAAGGUUUCACUGACAUAUUUGAGAAGGUGAGGGAGGAGAAGCAGUCCGGUGCGGAUACUGUCGGCACCAGCCAUGCAUACAAGGACCGCUACAACCAAGGGGACAGAUAUGAAUCUUCGGGCUGCUCAUGCUUCAGCUGGUUCAAGAAGUGACACCCACCCUGUCUGUAACAUACCUGUGGCGAUUGUAUCGUUGUGAAAUGAGUAGCCAAAUCUGUUAUUUUGUUGAGAUGUUAUGUUAUAGCGAGACAUGUAUCGGAGCAUGACUUAUUCGCAAGGCUGUGAUUCAGCAUUUUUUUGAGCAUUUGUAAUCAGUGGUUGGUUUCCUGAA